AUGCUGCUGCUGCUGGCCCUGCUCUGGGGGACGGUGGGGGUGGAGGGACAGGGAGGGGACAGGAGAGGUUACAGGCUGCAAGUGCAGAGUGUGGUGACAGUGCAGGAGGGCCUGUGUGUCCAUGUGCCCUGCUGCUUCUCCUACCCCCAGGAUGGCUGGACUGACUCUGACCCUGUUCAUGGCUACUGGUUCUGGGAAGGGGCCGAUACGCUCCAUGGUGCUCCCGUGGCCACAAACAACCCAGCUAGGAAAGUGCAGGAGGAGACCCAGGGCCGAUUCCUCCUCCUUGGGGAUCUCAGGAGCAACAACUGCUCCCUGAGCAUCAGAGAUGCCACAAGGAGGGACCAGGGCUCAUACUUUUUUUUGGUGGAGCGAGGAAGGUUGAAAUGGAGCUAUGUAGAAUACAAGCUCUCUGUGCAUGUGACGGCCCUGAUGCCCGACAUCCUCCUCCCGGGGACCCUGGAGUGCGGCCGCCCCAGCAAGCUGACCUGCUCUGUGCCCUGGCCCUGCCAGCAUCGGACACCCCUCAUCUUCUCCUGGGUGGGGGCCUCUGUGUCGCUUCGGCAACACACCACUGGCUGUUCCUCGGUGCUCACAAUCACCCCUCAGGCCCAGGACCACGACACCAGCCUCACCUGCCAGGUGACCUUGCCUGAGGAUGGUGUGACAAGAACAAGGACCGUCCACCUCAACGUGUCCUACUCUCCUCAGAACUUGACGGUGACUGUCCUCCCAGGAGACGGCUCAGCACCCACUGUCCUGGAGAAAGGCUCAUCUCUGUCAGUGCUGGAGGGCCAGUCCCUGCGCCUGGUCUGUGGUGUCAGCAGCAACCCCCCUGCCAGGCUGAGCUGGACCCGGGAAAGCCUGACCCUGUACCCCUCGCAGCCCUCGGGACCUCUUUCGCUGGAGCUGGCUCGAGUGCACCUCAGGGAUGAAGGAGAAUUCACCUGCCGAGCUCAGAACCCUCUGGGCUCCCAGCACGUUUCCCUGAGCCUCUCCCUGCAGACUGAGUACACAGGCACAGUGCGUUCUGUCUCGGGGGUGACUCUGGGGGUUAUCUCGGCAGCUGGAGUCAAAGCCCUGGUCUUCCUGUCCUUGUGUGUCAUCUUCAUCUUCACGAGGUCCCGCAGGAGGAAGGCGGCAAGAGCAGCAGCGGGCAUGGGGGACACGGGUGUGGAGGAGGCAGACGCUGUCGGGUCCCAGGAUAUCGGGUGA